AUGGUGGCGUCGAUAGUAUUCUUGAGUAUUCUGCUAUUUUUAAUCUCCCGUCUUGUAGACGGCGCAACGAAUUGCUCGAAAGAAGAAUUUGCGUGCACUCUUGGUGAUCAAUGCAUUUUGCUUUUACAAUGGCAAGAUGGGAUCGAGGAUUGUGUUGACGCGAGUGAUGAAGUUUGUCUUCCUUGGCAAUUCGAUUGCAAAUUCGGGAACCCAAGAUGCGUAGCGGCAAGCAAAGUGAAAGAUGGGAAAAUUCAUUGUCAGUCUGGAGCUGAUGAAGGAUGCCCUCCACAUUAUUUUGUGUGCAGUGAUCGCUCAGCGUGCAUCGAUCCAGGAAAAUAUCAGGAUGGGAAACAUGAUUGCAUGGAUGGAAGUGAUGAGCCUUGUCACCCAAAUGAGUUUUCUUGUCGUAACGGUGGCUGCAUUCCGGGAGAGCUCUUUCAAAACGGACAUAAAGAUUGCCCGGAUGGAAGUGAUGAAGAGUGCACAGCCCAUCAAUUUGAGUGCGCUUGUGGGUUACCGCGGUGCAUCGAGGCAAAGAGAGUGCAUGAUGGUCGAAAAGAUUGCAGUGAUGGAUCCGAUGAAAGCAAUGGCACUCGUGCUAUCACUUGUUCUGACGGUGUGCCGGGACGACCAUCAUCCGUGGCUCCAUUCUCAAAAGGAAUCGAUCUUUGUGCAAAGCCGAAUCCAUGUCCGGAAGAAUUGGGCCAAGUUUGCAUUUUGAUCGGUGGUGCGUGGCGAUGUGUUUGCAAGCUUGGAUUGGUGAGACCUCUUGGAGCCACAAGGUGUAUCCCUCCUUCACUUCUGCCAGCUUAUUUGGUUAACCCAGUCGCGAAUUGCACCGAUUACCAGAAUGAUCUUCGGCUUCAGAUUGGGAGUUUAAAACGUUCAUCUUUUUCUAUCGAUGUGACACCGUCAAAAACCAAUCAUUUUAUGGAUCCUAUUCAUCAAGCAGCUUCAUUAAUCGACAACAGUGCGAAAACGAAAGAAAAAGAGCUGCCGAAAAAGGGUAAAGAUGCGAGAAUGGUGAUUGGAACGACGAAAGGAGAAAAUGAAGUUAUGAAAAGAACCGUGGAAAAUGGAUUAGAAGAUGAGGAAAUCGACUCAGUGCUACCCGAUGAUGCACUCUAUCGGAUAUUGAAGAAAGAGGGCAGUUGUCAACCAACUGGUCCACCAGAUCAAUGCCCUGGCAACAAUACAAUUUGUAUCCUGGAUCUUCAAGGUUUCUAUUACUGUGGUUGUGCAAAUGGAGCAACGCAAGUUGGCGAGGAGUGCGUUGUGUUGAUUGAUGAAUGUGCUAAAGGGAACGUCGACUGUGAUCCGAAUGCACUUUGUAUGGACAAUACACACGGAUAUGAAUGCUUGUGCAGAGAGGGUUAUUUGGAUGUCUCCGAUCGACCAACUCUGCGCCCUGGACGUCAUUGUAAACGACUGGUGAAUGAGUGCUCAAAUUCGACUCUGAAUGACUGUGAUCCGAAUGCAAGGUGCAUUGAUAAACCAAAUGGUUUCACUUGCAGGUGUAACUUUGGAUACAUCGAUGUCUCGGUCGAAGGUGCUCGAAAACCCGGAAAGAAAUGUCAACGAUUGGUAGAUGAGUGUGCUAGUAAAGCGCACGACUGCGAUCGGAAUGCCAUUUGCUCUGAUCUUCCCCAAGGUUACUCUUGUCGAUGCAAGGAUGGUUUUGUUGAUGUUGAUCAAUCAAAACCUGGCCGAGUUUGUACCCAAUUGAGUGGAGACGAGUUGCGUGAAGGUUCGAUUUGUAUCGUGCUAGGGAAAUCAACAAAAUGCUCGUGUGCAUCUGGAUAUUUGGAUUUGGAUAAGAAAAAUCCUGGUCGAAAAUGCGAAAAAACUAUUGAAACAAAAACUAUUCAACUUUCUUUAAUCUAUCCCUCCCGAUUCGGUGUCCCUUUGGCAUCGUUUCAGGCUAGGGGCCUGGCCAAUCACAAUAUGCCCCAUUACGCCCUUUGGGUGCUGGCCAUCGCCGUUUCAGCUGCUCUAGGCUCAAAUCCGUGCCAAGACUAUUCUUUACAUGAUUGCGAUUCUGUGGCCGAAUGUGUCUCCGAACAACCAGGAUAUUUUCAAUGCCAUUGCCCUAGAGGUUACUUUGAUGCGAGUCCCGAUAAACGGUAUCCUGGCCGAAAAUGUAUUCGAGAAACUUAUCAACGAGAGACACGAGUCUCCGAACAUCGUGAUUCACGUCGAAUCUCAUCCUAUCGAGACGACUCUCGUCGCUCUUUUGGCGUUUUAACUAAUUCAGCGGUUGAUGAAUGCUCGCUUGGGACACAUAACUGUGACACUCAUGCUGACUGCAUUGAUACAAAUGAGGGAUACACUUGCAGGUGUCGCUCCGGAUUCCAAGAUUCAAGCCCCGAUCCACUAAGAAGUCCCGGAAGACUUUGCCGGCCAGCUCAACGAUCACAGUGCUCACAUGCGGAUUGUGCGCCCGAAGCUGAGUGCAGAGAGUCUCCAUCGGGUCCAAUUUGUCAGUGUGUCAGUGGAUAUGUCGAUAUCAGCAGACAGCAUGGACGUCCUCAAGGUCGCGUUUGUCGAGCGGUGGUUAACGAGUGUUCAACACGACAACACGAUUGUUCAUCGCAUGCAGCUUGCAUUGAUACAGCAGAAAGUUUCACUUGCCGCUGCAAUGAAGGCUUUCGAGACGAGUCACCCAGUAUUCUCACUAGGCCAGGCCGCGUUUGUGUUAGAGCUUACACCCCAGAACCACCAGAGUGCGAAGUGGCUGAUCCAAUGUCCUGCGAUCAGCAUAAACAAGAAGUUUGUCUCUUCACGAAUGGUACUUACAAAUGUCGCUGUGCUUCCGGAUAUAGUCGUUUGCCUGAUGGUCGUUGCUUGGUUAUCAAUGAAUGUGCUGACAAGCGUCUCAACGAUUGCGGAGAAAACGCGGAAUGCAUCGAUCAAGCUGAGGGAUAUACUUGUCAAUGUCGAUCGGGAUACGCUGAUGUUUCGCCAUCUGGAGUGACCGGACGAGUGUGCCGAGCACGAGUCAACGAGUGUGCCAAUAAGCAACGCUACCAAGUCGAUUGUUCGGAAAAUGCGAUUUGUGUCGAUCGAGAAGAUGGCUACUCUUGUCAAUGUAGGCCUGGAUUUGCCGAUGUUUCAGCUAUCUACAAUCGUUUACCCGGACGAAAAUGUAUCGAAGCUAUAAAUGAAUGUUUGGACCCGGUUUUGAAUGAUUGCUCGAAAAAUGCUGUUUGUGAAGACGCAAAAGAGGGUUUCAUUUGCACAUGUCGAACUGGAUACGUCGAUGCUUCACCAACACCAAAAGUCUACCCUGGACGUGUUUGUAUGAAACCGGUGGAGCGAAUUCAAGUGAAAAAGAUGACACAAGCUGACAAAUCCUUCCAAAUGGAUGGCUGUGAUCCAAAAGCAAAUAGUUGUGCGUCGAAUGAGGUGUGUACGGAUCGAGUAAGAAAAGGAAAAUUCACGUGCGAGUGUAUGGACAAUGCUUUCCGGUACUCGGAUGGAUCUUGCAGAUUGUAUUCGGCUUGUUCUCGGCAAAACGAUUGCGAUCAGAAUGCCGUUUGCCUCAAUGUUUUCGACUCGUACAAGUGCCAGUGUCGGCCUGGUUUCCUUGAUAUUUCACCCGAUCCGGACAAUCAUCCCGGCAAGAAAUGUCAAGAAUUGAUCAAUGAGUGUGCAACAGCCGACAAUGAGUGUUCAAUCUAUGCAAAGUGUAUUGACACUACUCACAGCUACACCUGUCAAUGUCAAGAUGGCUAUAUCGAUGUGUCUAGCAAAUUUGGAUUUCCACCAGGACGAAAGUGUACAAACACAAUGAAUGAAUGCUUGGAUAUGAAGCUAAACUCUUGCGACGAGAAUGCUGAUUGCAUUGACACUCCAGAUGGGUACACUUGUCAAUGCUUUGCUGGCUUUGUCGACGUCUCGAGUAGCGCCAAUUUACCCCCAGGAAGAGUUUGUACAGUGCAAACAACGUGCCCAAAGCAGAAAACGGAUCUGAUGUUUUUGAUUGAUGGAUCGGGAUCGAUUGGCAGUUAUGUGUUCAAGAAUGAGGUGCUCCGAUUCGUCAAAGAGUUUGUCGAUCUCUUCGAGAUCGCAGCUGACCGAACUCGUGUCGGUCUCAUUCAAUAUUCAGAUCAGAUCAGACAUGAGUUUGACCUCAAUCAACACCCCGAUAAAGUGUCAUUGCUCAGAGCGAUCGGAGAGACACAAUAUUUAACUGGAUUGACACGAACUGGUGCAGCGAUUCAACACAUGGUGAAAGAAGGAUUCAGUGAAAGAAGAGGAGCUAGACAUCAAGCAGAUGACAUCAGUCGAGUCGCAAUCAUCAUCACCGAUGGACGAUCACAAGAUAACGUUUCUGGUCCAGCAUUGGCUGCUAGAGAUCUCAAGAUUAACAUUUUUGCCAUUGGAGUCACCGAUCACGUGUUGGCUUCUGAAUUGGAAUCAAUUGCCGGAUCACCAAAUCGAUGGUUCUACGUGGAUCGUUUCAAAGAUUUGGACACGAGGCUGAGAAGUUUAAUCCAGAAAGUCGCUUGCCCAACUGUGCAACAAACGGAGAGACGAAACAUUGGACCAUGCAAUCCAAGAACACAAACUGGUUGUGACCGAGCGCUGAACGAGCUUUGCAUUCAAGACGAACUCACGACUCGUUGCGUUUGCCCUGAAGGCUUUGAGCGACAUCCAACAACAAGAAUUUGUGGUGGAACACUGUGCAAUCCACAGCUCACAACCUCAUGCAUUUUCCCUGAAGAGUGCGAGAUCACACCAUUCCACAAUCAUCGUUGCCGGUGUCCCGUCGGCUUCAAGAGAGAUUUCCACUCCGGAUUUUGCGUUUCAAUCAAAGAGGUGCACAUCUUCCCAUCAAUGGAUGCCGAUUGUCACAACGGUGGUGCUCCCUGUGGAAAGCAUGAAGUUUGCGCUCGGCAUCAAAAGCAUUACUUCUGUGAAUGUGAAACCGGAUAUGAAAGAAAUCCGCACACUGGCAAAUGCGUCUAUCCCGGAGAAUGCAAUCCUUUGGACCAAUACACGUGUGACGUGCGAAAGAGAGAGGUUUGCCUCAACACGAACAAUCGCUACAGCUGUCAAUGUGCUCGUGGAGAGAAACGGCAUGCGAUCACUGGAGUUUGCUUGAAAAACGAAUGUGCAACUGGUGAGAACGAUUGCGAUCGAAGUGCUCGCUGCGUGGACACAGAUGAGGGUGAUGGGUAUUUCUGUGCUUGUCCCAAUGGGUUCAUCGAUCGAUCUCCAGAUGUGGUGAAUAAACCAGGAAGAUUGUGUGGCUACAUUUGCCGCUGCAAAACGGGAUACAUCGACUACUCGCCAAAUCCGCAUAGUUUCCCUGGCCUCGUUUGUAAAGAACUCGUCAACGAAUGCUCCUCGCCAUCCCUCAACAAUUGUGACCGAAAUGCGAUUUGCAUUGACACUCAAGAAGCUUACACCUGUCUCUGCAAAGCUGGUUUCCAAGAUAUGGACGAAUUCCGAAACCCUGGACGUGUUUGCAAACAAAUUCAGCAAAAUGAUCGCUGCACUGCUGGCAAAAAUAAUUGCGACCGAAAUGCGAUUUGCUCGCAAAUUGGAGAUGACGAUUUCUCUUGUUCUUGCCCUCCAGGAUUUAAAGACAAAAGUCCAAACACAGUCGCUCAGCCAGGCCGAGUUUGUAUCCCGGUGAUCCCAGAGUGUGACAAUCCAGCUCUCAACGAUUGUGAUUCUCCAGAUCGGGCAAUCUGCACAGAUACAGAUGAAGGAUUCCUUUGCAGAUGUCGACAAGGUUUUCUGGAUAUCUCUCCAAGUAUCGCUGUUAAACCCGGACGCCUCUGCAAGCAAUUGCAAAACGAGUGUGCCAUGGGACUCGAUGAUUGCGCAAGAGAUGGAGCAAUUUGUGAGGACACUCCUGACAGUUACACUUGCCGUUGUGCUAUAAACUACUUGGAUGUCUCGUUUGAUCGCCAGAAUCGACCCGGAAGAAAAUGCAAGCGAUUGGUUGAUGAAUGCGCAACUGGACAAAACGAUUGCUCACCGGAAGCCAUUUGCACUGACACCGAGGACUCGUAUGUUUGCGCUUGUCCGGCCACACAUAUUGAUGUAUCGCCGGAUACCCAGAAUCGACCGGGAAGAAGAUGUCUCCUCAGAAUCAAUGAAUGCACAACAUCUCGCCAUGACUGUUCACCGAAUGCAGACUGCAUCGAUACGCCGGAAUCCUACUCGUGCCGUUGUCGUGACGAUUUUGUUGAUGAAAGCCCUGAUCGAACACAAAGACCCGGUCGAAUUUGCCGGCCAACAUUGGUUGACGAGUGCCGACUUGGACAACACGACUGCCAUAGUGAAGCGAUCUGCCAUGAUCUGCCCCAAGGUUUCACAUGUCAAUGCCGACCUGAGUUUCUUGAUGAGUCUCCAAGAAGGACAACACAUCCAGGAAGACUUUGCGUACCGAGACCAACUCCACCGCCGGAUGAGUGCCGAAUUGACAGCCUUCGAGACUGUAGUCAAGAACGCGGAGAGAUUUGCAGACUCGUGAAUGGGAUUCCAAAAUGCUCGUGCCCGGUCGAUUAUUCGAGAGAUGCUAGUGGAGCUUGUACAGUGAUUGAUGAGUGCGCUUUCCCACAGCUCAACGAUUGUCAUCCAUCUGCUCAAUGCAUUGAUCAACCGAUUGGCUACACUUGUCACUGCAAGACGAACUUCAAAGAUAUUGGGCCAAGAGAGAAGCCUGGACGUCUGUGCAAGCCAAUGGUAAACGAAUGCGAGUAUUCUCAUCUGAAUGAUUGUCAUCCAAACGCUCAAUGUAUUGAUCUUGAAGAGGGAUAUGAAUGUAAAUGUCAUCAAGGAUUCAUGGACAAAUCAGUGGGACGAGCAGGAAGAAUUUGUAAACAAAUGAUCAACGAAUGUGACAAUCCAAAUCAAAACAGUUGCGACAAGAAUGCUGACUGUAUUGAUGAAGAAGAGGGAUACAGAUGUGAAUGCAGAGAAAACUUCUAUGAUGUCUCUCCAUCUCCAGCACUGAAAGGACGAGCUUGUCGAGCUAUUUUGAAUGAAUGCGUUGACGGGAAAAUGAACGACUGUGAUCGAAAUGCUCGUUGCACUGACACUCUCGAUUCGUACGAGUGUGAAUGCCCACCAAACUCGCGAGACAUCUCACCAAGCCCAGCUUUCCCUGGACGUGUUUGCUUGCUUUUCGAAAACGAAUGCGAGUCUGGAAAACAUGACUGUGAUGCGGCGGCUCUCUGCCACGACAACGAGCAAUCGUUCACCUGUGAAUGCCCGAGAGGAUUCGUUGAUCGUAGUCCAAACAAGCUUACACGACCUGGACGCGUCUGUGUGCGCUUGGUGGACGAGUGUCGAGAGGCAAGACACACAUGCUCGGCGCAAGCUGAUUGCCGUGAUCUCGAAGAAGGAUACACGUGUGAAUGUAAAGAUGGUUAUAUCGAUCGCUCACCCAACAUCCAAUUGCAACCGGGAAGAGUUUGUGGGACACCAGAUGUGUGCCCUUCAAAUCACGAGUGCUCGUCGGCUGCCGUUUGUGAGCCACUUGGUGGAAACAAAUACAGAUGCACUUGUAUUCAGGGAUACAUCGAUCAAUCACCGCCUGGCCAAUCUGGACGUAUCUGUAUUCGAAAUAACGCUUGCCGAGACCCAUCUCUCAACAAUUGCUCAAAGAAUGCCAUUUGCUACGAUAAUCUAAACGGUUAUCGCUGCGAGUGUGCUAGAGGGUACAUCGACAAAUCCCCAAGCCCGGUUGAACCCGGCAGAAUCUGUGAAGCUCCUCCAGCUCCAACUCCGCCCCCACGACACCCAUGUCAAGAUCCAGAGCUAAACGAUUGCCAUCCAGCCGGAACGUGUAGAGCAACUGGAACAAAGAGUUACACUUGUGAAUGUCUACAAGGUUAUGCGGAUCGAUCACCCGAUAAGCUGAACAAACCCGGGCGUCUUUGUGUACUCACUCAACCCGUUUGUCUUGACUCCUCUCAAAACGAUUGCCAUCCAGCAGCUAUUUGUAGUGAGUCAAGCGGACCUGAGAAAUACACAUGUCGGUGCCGAGAUGGCUACAUUGAUGAGAGUCCGAAUCGAAACUCGAAACCGGGAAGAAUCUGUAUAGAGCAAGUGAACGAAUGCCUUGAUCGAUCACUUAACGAUUGCGAUGAGGUGGCUGUUUGUGAGGAUCGACCACAAGGUUUCACUUGUCGUUGCCCGGUGGGGAUGCAAGAUCGAAGCCCCGAUCCUAUCAAUCGCCCUGGUCGUAAAUGCUUCAAAACUAUCAAUGAAUGCCGAAGUCCGUCAUUAAACAAUUGCUCUCGUUUCGCCGAUUGUUUUGAUUCGGAAGACAGCUUCUCGUGUACAUGUAGAGAUGGAUAUCACGAUGAAGAUCCCACUAAUCCUGGAAUCCGAUGCACAUACAUUAUCAACGAGUGUGAAUCGAGAAAUCUGAACGAUUGUGAUCGCAAUGCCAUCUGCAUUGAUACGCCUGGAGGGUACGAGUGUCGAUGCAAAUCACCAUACAGAGAUGAAGGUCCAGGUGAUCAGCCGGGUCGAGUCUGUCGAUUGAAUGAAUGCCUUGAGGCUGGUCUUAACAAUUGCGGUAUGAAUGCUGAUUGUCGAGACACUGAUGACGGCUAUUAUUGUGCUUGCAGAACCGGCUUUUAUGACAAUUCACCGAAUCCACGUGAACCCGGACGUAUCUGUAUCGCCUUCGAGAAUGACAACGUCUCCAAACAGCCGAACGUGCAAUUCCUCGAUGUUGUCACCACAAAAAUUACCGGAACACUUUGUGGAAGAUAUGAAUGUAAUAGUGAAAGAGGAGAGGUUUGCAUUGGUGGCGUCGAGUGUGGGUGUCGUCCAGGGGAAAGUCGAUCCGAUCUUCGUGAACAAUGCCAAAAGAUUCAAACAAUACCCUUCCAAAUUCGAAUUGUUGCUCGUAACGAUCAAGCAUUGAUGUACUCUUCAGAAUACGGAAAUGAUGAAUCACCGACUUACAUUGAAAUUGUGGACACAUUUAAGAAAGAUAUUGCCCGGUCUUUUGGUGGCACUUCUUUUGCUCCACGAUUUGUCAACACUGAUGUCGAUUACAUCACUCAUCCACGCACUGUCAACUCUUCAUGGCCGGACGGAUUGCUUUUCAAGUUCAACGUGCAGACGACGGUUUCCGAAGAGCCGGUGGACGCGUGUGAGCUGUGGAAACAAAUGCAAGGAAGUCUGCAGAGAACGAAUGGUGCAAUUGGCGGUGGAUCACUGCGCGUCGCCGCCGACACCGAACUCCUAAAUCCUUGUCGUGUCGACGAAAUUGAGAUCUUCAAUUGUGGAAAAGAGAAAUGCAAAGAGGAGUUGGGCGAGGUCUGUAUUGCGGGACAUGUCUGUGGCUGUUCACCUGGUAUGAAAAGAGCUAACAAAGAGAGUCCAUGCCGAGUUGUUGAGUCCUGGUCUGUACCAAUUUUGGUUGCUCGUCAAGCCACGCGAAAUCUUGUCUUCGACUCGAGGGUUCAUUCCAAUCCACUCUCACCGGUUCACAAGGAGCUUGUACAACGAUUCGAAAAGGGUAUCGCAGAUUGUUAUCCACAUACAGAAGUCAGAUCAGCAUUUGUGACAGCAGAGGUGAACGACAUCGUGGAGCCAGCAACAGUGAACGCCACUUGGGACUCGGGAUUGUUGUUCAAUGCCACAAUGCACUUCAGACGUGGAGCUGUGAGGGAGCCAAGCGAUGUCUACUAUUCUCUUAUUCGCUACAUCAACGAGAAAAAUGGUGGAGAGAUUGGCGACUCUGAGCUCUAUUUGACUCCAUAUCAACCGGAUCCAUUUAAAGCUUGUUACAAGAAUGAUUGUCAUUCAUCAGGAAAAUGUAUUGAUUUGGCGGCGAAUUCCUAUCGUUGUGAAUGCGGUCCAGGAUUCAGAGAUCUCGAACCAAAUAACCCGGGACACAAAUGCUUGCCAACGACUGGUUUCAAUGAAUGUGAGAAGAAAGAGACAAAUGAAUGCUCGGUAAAUGCUCGUUGUAUCGAUCUGCCACAUCUCUACAAAUGCGAAUGUCUUCCAUCAUAUGCGGACGCUUCUCCACCAGGAGCUAUCCCCGGCUCAGUCUGUCAUCUUGAUUAUUGCUCGGAUGUGACCUUCUGUCCAACGAACUCUACUUGCAAGAAUUUGGAGCUUCAGGCUGAAUGCCGCUGUGAACCAGGCUACAUGGAUAUUCGAAAAUCAGAGAAACGAGCUGACAUUGGACUCGAAGAGUCAUACUGUAUGCACACAAGAGAUGUAAACGAGUGUGCUCUUGGGCUAACAAAUUGCUCAGGAGUAGCCGAGUGCAUUGAUAGACCAAUUGGCUACACGUGUAAAUGUCCUGAUGGCUAUAUUGAUGGAAAUCCUGAUGAACCUGGAAGAGUUUGUGGAGCGUUGCUUUGUGAUCUUUGCAACUCUCAUGGUGAUUGCGUACACAAUGCGCAAACCAAUAAUAUCACUUGUGUUUGCACGGAUGGAUGGAAAGGAGAAUUCUGCGAGACUGCUCCAUCAAAUGCAUCACUUGUUCUACUCAUUAUUCUAGCUCUUCUUUUCCUCUUGCUAGCGUUAUGCUGUCUCUUGUACAUGUGCACUCGUUGUCAUUGCUUCAAGGGACGCGGUGGAGCGAUGGGUGCUUUCGGAUACAGAAACAGUGCAUGGCCAUGGGCAACACUUGAUGGAUCGUCGAGCUCGGAAUCUGGAGAACAUUCGCAUUCAUCGAUUCACGCACAAGAAUACUAUCCAGACAUCGGUAUUCCGAGAGCAAAACUCGCUAAGGGAGAAGCCUAUUCAAGCUCGGCUAACAAGAGCACUGAAGUCGCGAGACUUGAUGAAUAUCUUGAUACUGGUGCCAUGCAUAUUCCAAGAGCUCGUCUUGCUGGUGGUGGAGGAUUGAAUGAAAGCUUUGAUAGCUCUUCGUCAGCCGGAAGUGAUUACACGAUAAAAGAAGAAAUUGAGCGAAGAGUGACCACUGAUGUGAAUAUCAAAGAAAUCAAGACGACAACCACCACCGAUGCUGAUGGGAAUACGGUAACCACAACAGCCGAGUAUCACCAUUAUCCAGAAGAUGGAUCGACGCAUUUGACGAAUACGACUGCAGGAGCGCGCUCAUCUUAUGGAGCUGAAUCGUCAUCACACUAUGCGGCUGCUCACGAGUCUGCAUCUUCAUCGGCUCUUCACUCAGCUCAUUCCGAAUCAGCAUCAGCUAUGGCUUCUUCAGCCUCUCGAUCCGCUUUUGCUGCUGGUGGAUCGGCUUCUCGCUCUGCGUAUGCAAAUCACGCAACUCGUCUCAGCGAUGAACAAGAACGAGGAGAAAGCAUUGCCGAGUUCUCGAUUGGCCGUGUUGAGGGUCGUCGCUCAGCUGCCGCCAACAAUCAUCUGUACUCGGAAAAUCGAGAGAUUUCAGAGUAUACGGACGAGGCCUCAAUGUACUCAUCGGAAGAGGAAGAGUUUGAGCACGAGAAAGGCGACAAGCGAACACGUGUUCAACGUCAACACUCGUUUGAGCCACUCCCUGGUGGAGAUCGAGAAAGAUUCCGGACCGAAGUGGUCACCACAAAGACCUCGACUUCAACAACUAAACAC